AUGGUCUCUUUUGAUCAUUUCGAAACAAAUGAAUUGAUCAAUAAUCAAAAAUACACCUCUUCAUUUUUUGAUUCCAGUGAGCCUGUUGUUGUUAGAACUACUGUGGCAUACAAAGUCAAUACGAGUCAAGCUGGCCAAGGACAAUUGAAAGCAGAACUGAUAAAACCUGAAACAUCGACAAUUUCAUGUCGAUGCCAUGUACACGAACUGAAAAAUCAUGAAUAUCUCAUUCAAUACAUCCCUAGUGAACCUGGCCGAUAUCAAUUACGGUUAUUAUUCAAUAAUCAAUUGAUACAAGGCAAAACGAUUGACACCGAUGUCUAUUCAUUGUUACCACCGCCGAUUCCUCCGUCGACACUCUCAGCAUACCCACUCGUUCAUAUACAUAAAAUUGCACCGAAUGAUAUUCCUCGUGUUGGAGAUGAUAUUUCACUUGAAAUUAUUACUGAAAAAUCCGAUAUACGCGGUCAAAUUUCAUGCAAUGAUAUUCCUAUUCCAUCUAAACUUGUGCAAACCAAAGAUACACAUAUAUGGCAUCUCAAAUUUCGUCCAUAUGUCGUUGGUACACAUAAGAUACAUCUUCUUCAUAACGGAACAUCGAUUAUGAGUGCACCAUAUCUAAUUCAAGUCAAAGAUUCGAGUGAUAAACAUCUGCUUUCCGGUUUGACGAAUACACCUUGCGUGAUACAAAUUCAUACAAAAUCAACAUCGAACUCGCAGAUCCAAGCGGUAGUUCUGCUUGAUACUGUCGAGAUUCCAUCGACCAUGACAGUUAUCAAUGAUAAUCUUAUUCGUAUCAAUUUCACACCGAAAGAGCCCGGGUUCUAUUUAGUGAACAUUUCUAAUCGCGACAAACCAAUCACUGGGUCGCCGUUUUCUAUACGUAUUGAACGAUCGGAUGUAGUGCAAGUUACUGGUAAAUGUUUCCAUCGUUUACGUUUGAGCGAUCUGGGUAUCUUUCGUAUUCACUGUCAUGGUCAACGUGGAUCAAUCAAAGCGAAGGUUUAUAAUCUUUCCACAGGCAAUCGUACUGAUUUAGGACAAGUGAUUUCAUUUCAAUUGCUGGAACCCUACGAACAAUUGCUACAAUUUCCAACACAGAUCUUUGUUACAUCAUUAACAAUACUUCUUACCGCUCGGUUAAGAUUGACACAAGAUCGAAUUCGAAACUUGACGCUGCAGGAAGAAAACGGACAUGCAACAGUGAUGUUUCAAUUAUUCGAGAUUCCAUCCCCACAGAUGCCAACGAAUGAACAAAUCAUCAAUGCCUUACGAGGUUUGAUUGAUAAACAAAUUCUCAACUUAUUCGAUCCGAAUCGACGAUUACUGCAUGCGAUAUGCGGAUCAUUAGUCGUUGGUCCAAAAGGUGAAACGGUGAGUGUUAAACUAUUUCCGCAAGCCAACGGUGAUUAUAUGGGUGAAUUUACACCAAAAAAAGUUGGUCAACAUCGAAUCGAUAUUGUCUUUGGUAACGUGCCGAUUCAGGGCAGUCCAUUAUUUACUGAAGUAUACGAUCCAUCACAAGUACGGUUUAGUGUGAUACCGAAAGAUAUCUUUGUCGGAGUUGAGACUACAUUGGAAGUCAACACGGACAAUGCUGGAAGUGUACCACUUGAAGUGACAAUGUUUUCACCGUCGGGUGCAAGUCUUCCGUGUGAGAUUGACGAUACCACAAAAGUUACAAAAGUGCGUUUUACACCGACAGAACCUGGUAUACAUACUUUAAAUGCAAAAUUUGGUUCAGACCCGAUACCAGGUGUACCAAUGAAAAUAACUGUGCAUAACACUCGUGUAAUUACUGCGUAUGGUGAUGGAAUACAUCAUGCUAUUCAGGAAAAAGAAACAACAUUUAUGAUAAAUACAAGUGAAAUGCAAGGUGAUCUACAAGUUUACAUGGAAGGUCCUAAUUCUAUUAUUCAUCCAACAGUUGAUCGAAUUACUAACACCUUAGUUAAAAUACUUUAUCAACCUGUGGAAGUGGGUUUUCUUAAUAUAAAUAUCAAAUGGAAUGGAAAACAUAUUGUCAAUAGUCCGUUCAAAGCGCUUGUAACCAAUCCAGAUCGCAUCCGAAUUGUGGGCGGAUGGCAAGCAUUAUUCGAUCAACAGAAUUGUAUGCGUGUGAUUACAAACGAAGAGAAAAAGAUUUGUUUCGAUACAUCUCAAGCUGGCCCGGGUAUUUUGAAAGCAGAUGUUCGAAGUGUUGAUAGUACUUGUAUACCAUUGCGUAUUGAUCAGCAAGGCACAUUGUCGACUCUGACAUUUACGGCUCGGCGUGAUGGGGAAUAUGACAUGACGAUAACACAUGCCGGUCGAUUGCUACCAAAGAUGCCUAUACGUAUCGUUGCGACAACAGCGAGCUCGGAACCGUUACGAGUAGGAAUUUAUGGUCGCGGUUCGUACGAAGCACGAGUUAACGAAGAAGUGGAGUUUUUCAUUGAUGCUUCACGGGCACCAGUUCAGAAUUCCAACCAAUUGAAUGUUCGAUUGAGUGGAAAACAAACUGACAUAGACGUUCGAAUUCGACAAAUUGAAAAAAAUCGAAACAUAUUCAUCUGUUCCUAUAAAGCAACAAUACCAGGUAUCUAUCUACUGAACAUUCUAUGGGCAGAUAGACAAAUCCGUGGAUCGCCAUUCAAAGUCAAUGUUCUGCCGAAUGCUACAAUUAAUCACUCGUCAUCACAAGUCAUCUGUUCAGGUGAUGGUUUACGAGCGGGCAUAGUAGGAAAAGAAACGAAAUGUACUAUUGAUACACGGACAACAGAUCUUGGUGAAUUAACCGUCUAUUGUCAAGGAAUGAAUAAGAAAGCUAAUUGUCGAUUAGUCGAUCAUCGUGAUGGUACAUUUUCUUUGUACAUUAAACCUGAAGAAACUGGAAAACAUCUAUUAACUAUUAAAUACAAUGGAAUACAUGUGCCAGGUAGUCCGUAUACAAUCAAAGUGAGCGGUCCACUCGAUGCUAAUAAAGUACGUGUUUAUGGUCCAGGUAUAGAACACGGAGUACUGGCAACAUUUCAGUCGCAUUUUAUUUGUGAAACAAAAGGAGCAGGUAAUGAAAAUCGUUCCUUUGUUUUGCUCUCAUCAAUGAAAGUCUGUUCAUUAGGUGCCGGACAGCUGACAGUCAAAGUUCGAGGUCCCAAAGCCGCCUUUCGUGUUGAAAUGCAACGUGAACAUUUACAAGAUCGUACGAUUGUUUGUCGGUAUAAUCCAACUGAAGCUGGUGAUUACAUUGUGUCGGUCAAAUGGAGUGGCGAACACGUAUUUGGCUCGCCAUUUCACAUACAUAUAUUUCAAAGUCAGGAAGAAUUUGAUCUUUGUCGCCAAGAACUGAUUGAAUACCGAUGUGAUGACCAACAGCGAAGUGAAAAACCAUCAUAG